AUGCGUUUCUACACCAUCGUCUCCGUCCUGCUCGUCGGAAUAGCGGCUGCUUCCCCCACGUUCGAAGCCAACCAGCCAGCUUUUGAAGAGAGCGCUCUGGAGGCGAGAAACCCUCAGGGCAGGACCUGUGGGCGCUGCUGCAAUGUUGGUGGAGAAUUUCGUGGAAAGUCAUGCUGCCCCGGCAAGAACUGCGCCGUUUGCAACCCUGGAUUGUCUACACCUUCGUCUCGACUUGUCGGCGGCGAGUACUUGGGGCGGUAUACCGUGACGAAGAGGACCUCGUGA